GAGAGAGAGAGAGAGAGAGAGAGCACACCUGUACGCGCGCACGAGGUGAUCGCGCGUGCGUGAUCGCUCGAUCCGCGAGGAGGAGAAUCGCUCGAUCGCUCCGUCGCGAAAAAUCUCGAGGCAACUUGGGAAAAUCGUCGUGCGACGGAAAUCAUCAUUCGACGAAAAUCACAGCUUCUCCUUCACGACCGCCUCAGAUAUUCGCCUGUGAUAUUUUUCGCCGCGGAGACGUUUAGACUUCCAGUGUCCCUCUUCUUCUUCGUAUCUUCGCGGCCCGCCGUCGUCGCGAACGGUUACGUAUCGGCACGACCUGCAAUUGUCAUCGUCGCGUGGUGCCUCCUCCUCGUCGCCGCGGUCUCCUUAAUUUAUGACCCGCGUCUGUAGUUAAAACGAUCGCGAUUACCGUGGACGAGAAAACGAGCGGAUCCAUGUCGAUUCCCACGACGAGCUACUACCACGGAGACUCCUUGGGAUGAUGAUUUGAAAGCGAGUACUUUGCCUGUCUACGCCGACACCCGAGCGCCGAUAUGCUCGAGAAACAGUGCUCGACGAUUGUCUGAGACAUUAGAGAGGAAUAUAAUAUCCUUGUCAUUGCCGAGUGCUCUGUGUGGCAAGUGAGAGCCCAGCUGAUAAUUGCAAGUUGCCCGGCCGUGUGUUCCGAGCUGCACGAUGAUCACCCAAGUGAGGCUCUGGUGGAAGCUCCUCCAGGCCGGCGACAAGAAAGGUGUGCUCGCGGGCUUGGCGGCGCAUACCGGUCAAAUCUCCGUAGGACUGUCCCAAGGAUACAGCGCGAUCCUCUUACCGAAGCUCUUCGAAUCCGACUUCGCUGACCAGUCGCAGGCCUCCUGGAUCGCCUCCCUCGGUGUCGUGUCGAAUCCCCUCGGCGCCCUGGUCGCCGGACUCUGCGCCGAAUGCUUCGGCCGUAGAUCCGCGAUUGCUCUAGCUACGCUGCCGCACGCCGCCGGCUGGUUGCUGAUCGCGCUAUCGAAGAAUGUGCCGAUGCUGUACGCCGGCAGAUUCAUCAGCGGCAUCGGCACAGGAAUGGCCAACGGGCUUUAUCUUUAUGUCAGCGAGGCGGCAGCGCCGGAUCAGAGAGCUUGGCUCGCAAGCUGCGGACCCGUUCUGGUCUCGUUGGGAGUACUGAUGGUGUACACCCUGGGUGCUAUCACCACGUGGCAAAGAGCAGCCGUCAUCAGCAUCGGACCCGCGAUCUUGUCGCUCGCGUUAACUCGGACGCUGCCGGAAACUCCUGUUUGGUUGGCAGCGAGAGGUCGAACGGACGAGGCCAAGAAGGCCCUUCUAUGGCUACGUGGUCCCGGAUUAAAAACCGAUCAGGAAUACCAGGAGCUCUGCGAGGCGAAUCUAAAGCGGAAGGAGGAGAAGAAAAGCCUCCUGCGGGCGCUGCACAUGCCCAAUGUAUGGAAACCAUUCCUGAUACUCCUCGUCUUUUUCGCUCUUCAACAACUGUCGGGCAUUUAUGUGAUUCUCUUUUACGUCGUGAAUGUGCUCAAAGACAUUGGCAUAGAUGUCAACGAAUAUGCGGCCAGCGUCGGCGUGGGUGUCAUCAGGUUAUUCGCGUCGAUUCUCGGCGCCGGGCUAGCCAACAAUAUCGGCAGAAAGACCUUGGCUUUCGCCAGUGGAUUCGGCAUGGCCGUCGCGGCUAUGGGAGUCGCUCUUUCCUCCAGGUUCGCCCUUCCAUCGUGGGUACCUCUAUUGUGCAUCGGGACUCACGUAGGCGCAUCUAUGAUCGGUUUCCUUACGUUACCUUGGGUGAUGACCUCGGAGUUGUAUCCGUUAAGGUUCCGGGGAAGCUUGGGCGGCUUGACGACUAGUAUCGUGCAGAUAAUGACGUUCGCCACGAUCAAGACAUACCCGGACCUGAACAUAGUCGUCGGUCUGGAGUUCACGAUGUGGAUAUUCGCCGUGGCCGGUCUAUUAGGAGCCAUUUUCGCACUGACGAUAUUACCGGAGACUCGAGGACGUAGUUUAGACGAUAUCGAGAUGAAGUUUGUCAACAAACAGAAUGACAGCACAAAACCAGACACUGGCAAGACUUCCAACAUGUGGUCGCAAUCAAAGAACAUCACCCUUCAACGAUUCAUGUCGAUCUCGGAGGAGAAGCAAUCAAAUAUCAUUGCGAACGCGUAUGCCUACGACAACUUUUGUCUGGAAUUAACGCCAGAGAAUCUAGAGAAGGGUGUAAAAAGUCUUGAGAAGCAGUCCAGUCUGAACUAAUGUGUUAUAAACAAUCGUACUUGAGCGCGUGUGCCUUUAGUAAAAAAAAUUUGAGAAAGAAGAAGAGAGGACUUCGAAAUAGACAAAACCGAUAUAAAAGUGAUGAUUUUUACGUGACUUCUGGUUUGCCUCGAAUAAACUUAUUUAUUUAUUUUAUACAA